AUGGCUGAUCAAUAUUCUCUGUCGAAGUUAUCUACUGCUACCGCUAAAUGUAAAAUGUGUGAAGAAGGUGUUUGCAUUUGUAGAGGAUGUAAAAAAAUGUUUUGUGAAGAUCAUUUCACUCAGCAUCGUCAGCAAUUAGCUGUACAAUUAGAUAAAGUGAUUUAUGAUCAUGAUAUAAUUCAACAAGAAUUGACUAGUUCAACAUCGCCAACUACAAAUUUAAAUAAUAUCCGAGCUUUUACUGAGAUCGAUCAAUGGGAGAAAGAAACAAUCAAGAAAGUUAAAGCAGCUGCACAGGAAGCUCGAUUUAAAGCACUUCAAUUAUCAAGUCGAACAAUGAAUGAUAUAAAAACAAAAUUUGAACUUGUAUCAAAAACUAUUCGAGUGAAAAAAGGGGCAAAAAGCUAUGCUGAACCAGAUUUAAAUCGGUGGGAACAAGAAUUGGAAGAGAUAAAUCAAGAUUUAUGUAACGAGAAGUUAAAUUGUGCACUUACUGUUUACACAAAAAACAUAGAAUGGCCGAAAAUGAUCGAAGUAGAACUACAGCAAAUUCCUUCAACUAAAGUUCGUUUCGAUAAACUGAGUGUAAAAGCUAGUGCAAGCAUAGACAUUGUACCUGGUGGAUACGUUGGAUUAGCUUCUUCAAACGAUUUUGUUCUAUAUGUCGAAAACAAUCACAAAAAUCUUUCGCUAAUUAAUCGAUUAUGUGAAAAAACAACCAUUGCAUGGAACAACAUAGAGAUAAAUGAUAUGUGUUGGUCAUCAUACUUAUCAAAAUUUAUCAUUUUAACAGACAGUAAAUUAUUCACAUUUGAUGCUACGGAAUUUAAAAUCAUUGAAAUAAAACUUAAUAAAAGUUUAACUGAAAAAGCCUUUUGGAAUUGUUCGUGUACAGAACAAACCUUGCUAAUGAUAUGUGACGAAUGGAAAUCAUCUUGA